AUGUAUGAAGUUCAAUAUCUAGAUUUAGUACUUACAGAGAAAAGUGUUAGUCUAUUUGAAAAAAAUCAAUAUAUUUUAAAUGUCGAUUCGGGAUCGAAUAAAACAAAGAUCAAAAAUUGGAUUGAACUUUUCUUCAAUGUUAAAGUAAUAGGAGUCAAUAGUUAUCGGCCUCCGCAAAAGAAAGAAAAAAGAGGAAAUAGAAAACAAAUAAUGAAGCAUAGAAUGCAUUAUAAACGCAUGAUUAUUACACUAAAACCAGGUUAUUCUAUUCCACUUUUUCCUUCAAAAAAAUUUAUUUAA